CUAUAAGGCACAGAUGACUCAGUGACCCAAGUUCCUUUUUCUCUUUCUGUUAGCUGACACUGUUCAUAAAAUAUAAUUUGCCGUUUCACUUUUCUUUUAAUUGGGUAAGCUGAAUUACUUGAAGGAGGAAGGCAGGAGAGACAGAGGAGACAGAAGCCAAAGAGCUGCAAUAAAGAAACCAGCAGUUUUUCUUUUGAAGUAUGAACCAAUCAACAAAAUUUAGCCAUGGGUAUACAAGGAAGAAUCUAGAAGUCCAUGCAUCACGGACACCUCCCUAACGGAGACAUUUGGACUGUUUAUCUGGACUAGCUAUUCUUGGAAUGUGCAAACUUAAAGUGAAUGACUCUUGAUCAGUAUGGAGAAAAAAUUUACAUCUUUGUCUCCAUCCAUCUCCAUGCCAGAAAUGGAACGCAAUGGUAACUUCAGCAAUCACAAUAGCUACAGAAACUGCACAAUUGACAACUUCAAAAGGGAUUUUUAUCCCAUUGUGUACUUGACAAUAUUUGUAUGGGGAGUGUUGGGAAAUGGCUUUUCCAUAUAUGUGUUCCUGCAGCCUUAUAAGAAGUCCACAUCUGUGAAUGUUUUCAUGCUAAACCUGGCCAUCUCAGAUCUCUUGUUUGCAAUCACACUGCCCUUUAGGGCUGACUAUUAUAUCAGAGACUUCAAUUGGGUAUUUGGAGACCUGGCCUGCAGGAUUAUGUCUUAUUCCUUGUAUGUCAACAUGUAUAGCAGCAUUUAUUUCCUGACUGUCCUGAGUGUCGUGCGUUUCCUGGCAACUGUUCACCCCUUCCGGCUCCUCCAUGUCACCAGCACCAGGAGUGCCUGGAUUCUAUGUGGGAUUAUCUGGAUCUUCAUCAUGGCUUCCUCAUCAGUGCUUCUGCACACUGGCUCUGAGCAGAAGGGCAAUGUUACAUUGUGCUUAGAGCUGAAUCCUGAUAAAGUUGCUAAACUGAAGAUUAUGAACUACAUCGCCUUGGUGAUGGGUUUCCUGCUGCCAUUCUGCAUGCUCAACAUCUGUUACCUGCUGAUCAUUCGAGUCCUGUUAAAGGUGGAGAUCCCAGAAUCCGGGCUGCGUGUUGCUCACAGGAAGGCACUGGUCACCAUCAUCCUUGCCUUGAUCAUCUUCCUCCUAUGUUUCCUGCCCUACCACAUACUGAGAACCCUCCACCUGAUCAUGUGGAAAGUGAGUCUAUGCAAAGAAAGACUGCAUAAAGCCCUGGUUGUCACACUGGCCUUGGCAUCAGCCAAUAGCUGCCUAAACCCUUUGCUCUAUUACUUCACUGGGGAGAAUUUCAAGGACAGACUAAGGACUGCACUCAACAAAUGUCAUCUACAGAAGACAAAGUGCAACUUUCCUGUCUGUGUGUGGUUGAAAAAAGAAGCCCAAGUUUAAGCAGUUACUAGGUGAGGCCUAUUCUUGUAUCUCUGUUCCACUUUUAUUCACACAUAGUCUCCAAAUGACCAAGCUAUUUCCAACAAGGUUUGAUUCCCAACAUCUAAUUGACCAUGACUUUUGUUAAUAAGACCUACUUCAAAAAUUUCAUGAGAUGUAUUUUCAGUGGUUGAGUCUAAGUGAGAAUGUAGCAGGAAAAACCUACAGUCUAGCAACUUGAAAUGUCAGACUGGGGGAAAAUGCUGAGCACAGUGCUAAGCUUUUCAUCAAAUCUCUAGCCCACCAAGAAUUCUACAUUUUUAACUUUAAGAUAACCAUAACUUGCCUAGCUUCUCUAGUUCCUCUGGCCCCUUCAACCCCCUGAUUUGUUAGCCAAUUAACAAAGCUCCUGGGGGAUCCAGAGAAGGUAAGAAGAACAUCCUAGGAAUUCAUGGCAAAGAAUGGCCAUGAAGAGGAAGGCUGCCCUCUCACAAAGUAGAGCCAAGCCCCAGAGAAAAACAGUGAGAGGAGAAGGACUGGGACAAGAGAGAGCUGGUGAGAAGUAGUGGAGGGGAGGAGGAAUUUAAUUUUGCACUGAAAGAGGGUCUCUAGCACAGUGAAGGCAAGAAGAUUUGCCUCUCUCUUUUCACUGGGUUAGGAAGGGCAGAAAGACUAGGAGGACAGCCUGGGAUCUUGCCCUAAGAGUUUAUAUAUGGAAUUAUGAAUGCAAUAGUGGAGAAGGGGGUAUCAAUUUUACUCUUGAGAUUUGGGUUUGGCUGACAUCACUGCAAUUUUCAUUUCUGUACAUCAAUCCACUGGGUUGAGAGCCAGAAUAGAGGAGAGGGCUCUCUGAGUUUGAUUGGGCACUCAGAGAAAGGGUGGAGUGAAGGGCAAGUGGCUUUACCCCUGAAAUUCUAUUAAUGUUUUAGCAGAACAAGUGUAGGGUGACUUUCCUUUUGAGAGUAUAGAAAAGCACUGGAUAGUUAAGAGGGGUUCCUUUCUGUCUACUGAAACAAGACAGAGAUGACCAAUUACUACCACCAUGACAGCGUACUGCCAAUAAUUAAGUGCCCUCUCCGUGCUGCACAGACUGUGCCAGGCACUUCACAUCUAUCAAUCCCAUUUAACUCUCACACCAAAGCCCAUUUCCAUUUUAUAGAUGAAAAAAUAUGAAGCUCAGAGAAAUUAAGAAAUUUGAAGUUCACGCAGCUCAUAAGAUUUUUUGAAACCUCCAUGCAGAAGGGCUGGCUGGGUGCUUCCUCCACUCUUCCCCCUGCAAACCUCCACAAUGAUUGGUUCAAAGUCUAAAUAAGAAUUUCCUUCCCCUUUCAGGCCCCUACCCCUCUACACUUUUGAGAGAAAACUGAACACCGAGGUUUUCUCUUUGGAAUUGUUACCCCAGGCAGAACGGAUGGUGGAAGGGAGGUGGUUUUCUGAAGCUAGGGAGUGACUAAGUGAAAGACUUCAUAGCCUUACAGUCAUUUCCUUACUCAGCUGCCAGAAUGCUGAUAGGCUCACCCUAUCAAGACAGGAGCCUGGACAAUGCUCCUAUGGGAAAGUUUCUCAGCUGCAGAAGAAGAGAGACUGUUGGGGAUUCCCCAGCAUGAAAGCCAGUGCCUGUCCUAUUACUUACCUGACAGAGAAGCCCCCACUGUAACUGAUCCCUUCCACUCACAGAGAGCCUAAUGAGCCUGUCAGAGCCCCACUCUCAUUGUGAACAGUCAGUUAUUGCCACACAUGGGAGAAAAAAGCCCAAAGACAAAAAAACAUCAACGAAUAAGUGAAAGGGUAGACAGAGACAUCUUCAGUAUGAAAGAUCACAUUUUUAUCAUCCUUGUACUUUUUAAAUAUCAGAAACCUACUGGAGGAUGUGCUCCUCUAAACAAGAGAUUAAACCAAGAUAGAAGAAAACAUGCUAUCUAGGAAACAAGGAAUUCAACACAGGAGGAAGGUGAAGACAAUUCCCAGGAUGCUGGUUACAGCAGAAAAACAAGAAACUGAUUUAUACACACACACAUUGGAGGGAUUUAUAUUGUUCUUGGAGAGCUUGAGAUACAGAGUGAAAAUACAUAGAAAAAACAAGCAAGUGAAAAGACAAUAAGACAAUGCAAUUACUCAGUGCCAUAGGGAAAAGAAACCAUUAAGAAAGGAAAUAAAGCCAUAGUACACUACAUGGCUCAGCUGUGAAUAAUUACAGAGAUUAAUGUAAAUAGCAAAAUACUGUGAUAAAACUUGUUUUCAGGAAGUGAGGGGAGAGGAUGUGUACGUGCUGAAGAGGGGUGUGUGGAUAAAAUUGCAAUAUUUCCAGAAUCUCUCACCUGGCUUUAGUGCAUCUCCAUAUCAGUAGGUUUUUCUAAGGGGUGGACAGAAGUAGUCCAUCUCCAUAUUAAUAGGUAAUUACAUGGAUAAGCAAGGGCUUAUCUGGACCAGAGAGACUGGGUGGAGCUCUCUCUUCUUCUGCAGCCAGGUCUGGAGAGACACAGGAUGACUGCUUCUAAGAUAUAAACUGGUUUCUCCCACUUGAUUUCUCCCUUUGAUUUCAGUGUCAAAGGUAUUUUGCCCUGGGAUUUUUCCCCCCAGAGUUACAUCUGGUGGUAGCUGGCAGGACCUCUGAACCUGAAAACUGUCUACAUGUGUGCAACCCUUGGGUGGGCUGCCGCUAGAGAUGGUAGGGAGAUACCUAGAAAUCCCCCUGUGGAUGGUGGGAGGCCCCAGUGGCUGAAGCAGUAGAGGGUGCACUUUUACUUGGGAGAUGCCUAUCUGAGGGGCCUCUAGUGGGGAAUUAGUCUAGGGUGAAUCACCUCCUAUACAGGUGAGGCCUUCCCCAGAAUUGGGGAAGGACGGAGACACUGGAAGCUGCGGAAUUAGCCCUUUGGGACAUAGAAGACUGCUUAGAGGCCCUGAGUCACCAUGUAGCAGCUGGGAUUGUGGGAUCUCUUUUCCUCAAGAUAGUGGAAAGUGUUAUGGAGGAGAAGGUUACUGAGGAAAGAGAGAGACUUCAGCAGGAGAGAGACACACUUCAGCAUGGCUCAGAGGAGCUGGGUGAUGACCUAUGGGACGCCUUUAAGAAAGACAGACAGUUACUGAGAAGACAGGCCAUGCUCCUGGAAAAUUCCUUAACAGCAGCAAUGGAGGAGGCAGGCAGAGAAGCCACAUUACAGGACUCCUUGGAGGAGGAGGAGGAGGAAAGAGAGGUAGGUGCCUUUAGCCCCAGAGACAGUAGAGGAGAUGUCAGGAAAGGAUGGAAAGGAUGAGGGGGUGGAGGCUGAGCGCUGAUCUGUUGCUGAGGCCACUGCCCAAGGCACCAGCCUCUCCCAUAUUAAAGACCUGCCCAAUUGUAAUUAAGAAAAUAAAAAUGCAACAAUAGUGGGCUCCUCAGGGGGAGGAGCUGCCCCCUCCCCAGGCUGUGGAGCACUCCAUGCUCCACCCCUAAACCCAGGAUGAGUUGGUGAACAUGAACCAGUUUGGGCAGAGGCCAUUGGAACCUCUGCCUACAUGGCUUUUGCACCUCUGGGUUAUGAGGGUGGAAAACAUUGCUACAUCGGGUUCUGAAAUGGGUAGACUAGCUUCCCUGAUGACUCACCCUUCCCUCCAGCAGCAGUUAUAAUGUGCCCAUCACGCCUCAGGGAAUUGGGCGCUUCUAGAUCAGCUGACAGCAGCCAUAAGGGAAGUUUAGCCUAAUCAGGGUGAUUUACCAUACUUACCCACUAGCUGAAAAAUGUAUGCAGAGCUCCAGUAGGUGUUAUUGGAAUUGGGCAUUAAAAAUAUCAUCAUCUAUAAUAUGGACCCCUAGGGCCCCAAUGAGGAGUUGUUCAUGGUAAGAAUGAGAAAUCUGGUGCUCCAUACAGCUCCCCCAUCUCUCUUUGGGUCCCAAGUGACUAUUGUUGCCCCCACAUAGGGCAGCCCAUAAGUGAGGCUACUCAUACUUUAGCAGAUCUGGGAGAGGUUGGAACAAUAAGAGCACAGAAGGAAGUACAGGCUAUAACUGAAAGGAGAGGUGCAAAGGGCCCCAUGAAGGUCUCAAGGAUCCAGACGUGGGUUGAUUUGAUAAAGUCCGGGGUAGUGAAAGAAAAACUUGAUGGGCAGCCCAAUAAGAUCUUGUUAGAACUGUGGCACCAAUUAAAGCCAGAGCAGCAGUUCCAGCCGCUGAAUUCCAGGACAUGGAAACCGGAGUCAAAGCCCCAUGUCUGUCCUCUGUUCCUGCAGGACUUCCUGAGGGACAGUACUCAGGCUCUGCCUGGGCUCUCAUCCCCAGAGGAUGAUGAUUGGGCAUCACGGUUUGAUGGGGGUUGGGGGUCAAGGCCCCCACCUUGGGGUAUGUGGUAGGGACUAGAGGCCACAUGUAAAAUUAGCAAUUCAUUGGUCCCCUGUGAAUGUAUGGCAGGUCCUGGCGCUGGUGGACACAGGAGCUGAGUGUUUUCUGAUUCAUGGCAACCCUGAGGGUUUUCCCAGGACCCCUGCUGUGAUAGAAGGCUAUGGGGGUAAAGCAGUUAGAGUGAAGAAAGCCCAAAUCCCACUGGGGAUAGGGCGUUUACCCCCAAAGGAGUAUACGGUGUACAUUCCUCCCAUCCCUGAAUAUGUUUUGGGGGUAGAUAUCCUGCAGGGCCUGUGGUUGGUUACAGACCACUGCAGGUGAGUUCAGACUGAGGGGACAUGUGGUAAAGGCAGAUCUGAGGGGACAUGCUAAGCACCCACCUGUAGCUCUGUCUGUACCUUGGAAAGUGACAAAUACUAACCAGUAUAAAUUGCCUGUGGGGCACAAGGAAAUUGGAGCAAUUCUACAGGAGUUGGAGAAGGUGGGGCAUCAUAAAGCCCUAUGAGUGGGCUCUAUGUGCUUUUAAUUCCCCAGUGUGGCUAGUGAAAAAAUCAGAUGGCCCCUGGCAUAUGACCAUGAACAACAGGGAGCUGAAUAAAAUCACACCCCCUUUGCAUGCUGCUGUCCCCUCUAUAGCAGCCAUUAUGGACACACUCAGUUAUGAACUAGGGAUAUAUUAUUAUGUUGUAGACCUUGCUAAUGCUUUCUUUUCUAUUGACAGAGCACAGGAUAGUCAGGAAAAGUUUUCUUUCAUGUGGGAGGCUGGCAAUGGACAUUCACUGUCCUUCCACAGGGAUAUCUCCACAGUCCAUUUGUAUGGACUUGUAGCACAGGACUUGGCCACAUGGAAGAAACCACAAAGGUUGUGGCUGUAUCACUACAUUGAGGACAUUAUGCUCACGCCUGAUAUUCUUGCAGAUUUAGAAGGGGCAGUUUCAAGACUGCUGCAACAUCUACAGGAGAAAGGAUGAGCUGUGAACAGCAGCAAGGUUCAGGGACCUGGUUUGUCUGUAAAGUUCUUGGGGGUUGUCUGGUUAGAUAAAACUAAAGUUAUUCUGAAGCAGUCAUAGACAAGGUCCAGGCUUUCUCUACCCCUACCACUGUGGCAGUAUUACAAGAGCUUUUGGGUCUUGGGCUACUGGAGAGAGUUUAUCCCACACUUGGCACAAAUUCUGAAGCCCUUCUACUGGUUGGUAUGAAAGGGCAGCAGGUGGGACUGGGAUGAAACAUAUGCAGCUGCUUUUACUGCUGCUAAGCAAGUAAUCAAGGCUGUACAGGCCUUGAGUGUAAUGGAUUCAUCAAGGCCCUGUGAGCUGGAUGUUAUGGUUAUGGGUGGGGUCUUUGGCAGAGGCUUGAAUAGACAUAUGAAACUAUUGGAUUCUGGUCACAGCUAUGGAAAGGAGCAGAGGUCUGGUACACCUUGAUAGAGAAGCAACUGGCUGCUGUGUACACGCCUUGCUGGUUACAGAGCCCAUCACUGGAACAACUUUGACCAAGUUAAUAACCACCUAUCCCAUCAUGGGUGGGUGUGAGACUGGACCCAAAGACCAUGGAGUGGUGUAGUACAGGUGCCUACACUGGCCAGAUGGGAUGCCUACUUACAGCAGCGUAGCACCCUCUCUACUAGUCCCUCAAGUGGAGAACUACAAUACUUAGUGGGGCCAGUGACAUAUACCAGUGGAAAGCAGGAACUUGCUUCUGAGCCUGUAGUAGCCAAAAGUCCAUACCAGGAGGAAAAAGGCCCUAUACCUAAAGAUGCUUGGUAUACAGCUCCAGUUGUGAACAGCCCCCAACGUGUAGGGCUGUGGCUUUCCAUCCUAAUACUGGGACAAUAUGAAUGGAGGACGGAGAGUUAACGGGGAAGAGCAGGCCACGGGCUGAGUUGCAGGCAGUGUGGCUUGUGAUCACCCAGGAGCCCUCCCCCAUAGUUGUCUACACUGCUGGCUGGGCUGUCUAUCAGGGCUUGACCCUGUGGCUACCAACAUGGUACCAUGCCAUCUGGAUGUUUGGUCACUGGCCCCUUUGGGGGCAAGAGCUGUGGCAAAACCUAUGGGCCUCUGGUCAGACUAAGACUGUCACCGUAUAUCGUGUGACUGGCCAUUUGCCUUUGGCCUCCCCAGGGAAUGAUGAAGCAGAUACAUUGGGUCAGGUGUGUUGGCUAGAAGGAAAGCCUGCCUCUGAUGUGGCCCAAUAGUUACAUCAGGGUUUGUUGUAUGUGGAACAAAAGACAAUGUAGGCUGUAGCCAGUCAGUGAGGCUUGCUGUUGACCUUUGAAGAAAUCAGCAGAGCCUGAAAGGAGUGCCUUGUGUGAUCUAAGACUUAACCGAGUCCCGCAGCAACAUGGGACAAUAGUAAAGGGGCCGUUACCCCUUGUCAGGUGGCAGAUAGACUACAUCAAGCCUAUCCCCAUAUCAGAAGGUUACCAUAUCGGUAUGCCAUGACUUGUGUGGACACAGCUACUGGACUGUUGAUUGCUUUUCCUGCAUGUCAUGCAGAUCAGCAAACUACCAAGAGGGGCUUGAAGCAUCUCUUUGCAGCCUAUGGCUAGCUGCAGGUGAUUGAGAGCGAUCAAGGCACCCACUUUACUGGACAUGUGUUACAAGAAUGGGUGCAGCAAUUAAGAAUAAAGUAGAAGUUUCAUGUACCAUAUAUCCCUACUAGGGCAGGCAUGAUAGAGAGGUACAAUGGUUUGUUGAAAUCUGACCUGAAGUCAGACACCAAUUGUUGUCUGUGGGCUGAUCAGUUCAUUUAUGGAUAGUGCUGUGGCAUUUGAAUGAGAAGCCCCAAAGAGGAGCCUUGAGCCCUGUGGAUAUGCUAACACACAUUGCUGCCUGUCCUAUACAACUGUAUGUGCAAACCAAAGAGGAGUUAUUGAAGCCAGGAUGUGGCCAGCAGAGCAACAUCCUGCUGCCAGCCCUGGAGACACUGUCAAGUGGAUGUGGCCCUGGAGAUUUGAACACAUGGACCAGUGAUGGCUAGCUCUCCUAGCGAGAGGCCUAGAAGCUGGCCUCCUGUAUAUUCCUGGAAUAACAGCAGAGUGGCCUCCAAAGAUCACAGUGGUGCACCCAAAACAUCCAGGAGUUAAGAGCAUCUUGUGGGGAAGUUUUGUUUUAUCUUUAUGGUGAGUGCAUGUACCUCCUGUAGCCCUAUAUAUUGACCCAUUUGUAACUCCCACAGGGAGUGGGGUGAAUGUCUGGUUGGUACACUAGACCAGGACGAGAUCCCAUUUCUGCCACUGUUCUAUCACAGGACCACUGUCUUGUAUGUAUCCUACCUGAUGGACAAGAUUUACCUAUGCUGGUGUCAUUAAAACAUGUAUCUUAUCAUCCUUAAGGUUAUUUUAUUCUACAGUCCCUGUGGCCUGGACGUGCCCCCUCGUGGCAGCUGCCAUGUGAUGAUUGCUCUGAACUCCUUACCUGUUCAGUACUGACUAUGGAAUGGGCAAGCUAUGGACUAAAUCUGCGUAGAACUUUGAACUUAGCUGAAUCCUCCAGGUUGAGGAGUAUCAUUAUUUUAUUGCUGCUGCUACUGUAUGUUAUUAGUCUGAUUACAAUGCUCCAGUUUUGUUGCACAGGGGCCAUUAUGGAAGAUGGGGAACAUCUAGAUUGUGAGGAGAGAGUUCUGGAGGGUUGGACUGUGGGUGAAAUUGCAGCAUUUCCAGAAUCUCUUGCCUGGCUCUGGUGCAUCUCCAUAUCAAUAGGUAUUUCCAAGGGGUGGAGAAAAGUAGUCCAUCUCCAGAUCAGUAUGUAAUUAUAUGGGCGAGUGAGGGCUUAUCUGGACCAGAGAGAUUGGGUGGAGCUCUCUCUUCUUCUGCAGCCAGGUCUGGAGAGACACGGGAUGACUGCCUCUAAGAAAUAAAUGGGUUUCUCCCACUUUAUUUCUCCCCUUGAAUGAUUUCUGUUUCAAAGUUAUUUUGCCCUGGGAUUUUCCCCCCAGAAUUACAGGGUGUAAGAAACUAAGUCCUCAUCUUUCACUACAGAAAAUGCAUAGUAACUAAAGCUAGAGAACAAUUAAUAGCUGUGUAAAAGUGCUAUUUAACAACAGUAGCAAAGCCCAGAAGAAAAUGUGAAAAGAAUUGAUGGGGAUUGCUCUGGAGACAAGUUGAGGGUGGUAGGAUAGGUGGGAAUUUCUUUUUCGUUUAAAAACCAUUUAACUGCCUAACUUGUGAAUAUGUGUUGCUGAAAUAAAAUUAAAAUUAAGAUAAAAUUAAAUUUUAAAAUUCAAAUUAAUUCUGUGUUUUUUAUUAAAAAAGAAGAGAAGAAAGGCCACCAGAAAUGGAAAUUGAGUACAGACAGGAGAAAGGAAAGCAGGAAAAGACUUGGGCCUCUGAUGGAAGCCCACCCAACCCCACCAAGGGAAGGAGUCCCAUCCUGGAGUGAGGGGAGUCAGUUCCUGGGGUCCGAGUGGCUUCGACAAUCAUCAUCUCAUAGAACCGAAACAGAAAGGGAAGUUGAACUUCAAAAUUCAACUAAGGUUUCUGUGGGCCUUCUCUUCAGGUACUGGCUGGGUCCCAUGUCCAAAUCCCCUCAAGAGAACAAGUUGACUUUGGGAAGCCUGAGGCUACACGCUUCCUACUUGUACCCAGAAGAAGCAGGGUAGCUCCUGCCUAGGUCAUCUAGCAGAAGUCAUGGGUUUCCCUUUGAUCAGAUCCACUCAAAUUAUACACCAGCUCCUAAACUAAACUGAGGAAGAAGGGGCUGCUCUGACCAACUGAGGAAGAUCAGUCUACACUUGGAGUGGGGACUGGGCUUAAACCUACUGAGAUAUCCCUGGAAGAGGGAUGAAAAUGGGCUUACAGAUGCCAUAUAUACUGCAUUGCAGGUGAGGUGGAAAGAGAAC